AUGACGAAUAGAGCAAGGCGUUACCAUCAAAGUUCUUCUUUGUCACAAUACCCAAGAAGAUACUCUUAUCCGCCUACCAGAAAUGUCGUGCCUGCAGCAUUUUUUCCAGGCCACUCCAAAAAGCCCUUCGUAGAUAAUAUCGUUUAUCCUUUGACUGAAGAGAAUCUGGCAAUUCAUACAAGUUGUAUGGCUCCUCAAAGUCAGGAAGAGAAACUUCGUAACUUGAUACUAUUUGUACAAAAUCAACAUAAUACCCUCUUAGAGCAACAACAACAACAACAACAACAACGAGAGCCAGGCGAUGAUUCAAUCCGCUUCGUGAGGACUGACUCAGUAGCAUCGUUCAGAGACGACGGUGAGCAACUUCAGCACUACUGCGGCAACAAAAAUUCGAAAGAGAUCAAGAAGACAAAUUGGUUAAAGAAGUUCGCAAAGUGGCUCCGCACAUCGGAUCAGCAACAGCAACAGGAACGAAAACCAGAAGUUAAGAACAAAAAUAAGAGUAGACGUCAUUUGUCAUGGUCAGCAGGCAUUAAUUUAAAGAAGGCUCACACUGUUGACCUAUUACCUGAUCAACAACAACAUAAUGCGUUCAAGAAACGAGACUCAGGCUUUUCUUCACGGUUUUUUUUCCAUUCUAUAAGCAAUGAAAAUUGCAAUAAACGAACCAACCAACAACAACAGCAAUUGAAUUCUAUACCUAUCAUUAGACAACCCAAAUUCUCCUCGUACAAUGAUGAAAAUACCAACCACGCUUUCCCUGUCAACAAUCCAAGUAGCACUAGAAGAAAGAGUUAUCAUAUGACAAGGAAUCCUGCUUCCAACGCAGCAUUACUUUUCGAGGAGACGGGUAAUAGCAGGGUACAACCUUACGUUGCAGUUUAG